AUGGAUUGCAAAAAACCCAGGAGUUCGAGAAAGAUAAGGUUACUGGAGGAAGUGCCUAUUAUCCGGACGAAGGGCAAGAUGACACCGCUGAAGAUGCGCCUUCAUUCAAACUUUCUACUUGCCCACCUUCAAAUAGAGAAGUAA